AUGGCAGAGGUGGCGGCUGAGGUGGCUGAGCUGCCCGCACAGAUGUCGCCAGGGGCGGUGGAGAUGUCAACACCGAUGUUCGGGGAGAUGUCAACAGAGGUGACCGAGAUGACACCUGGGGAGGCGCUGGCCUCAUCCCUUUUCUUCCAGCAUCACCAGUUCAUGUGCUCUGAGUGUGGCAGCCUCUACAACACGCUGGAGGAAGUCCUCUCGCACCAGGAACAGCAUGUGCCCACUGUCACUGAGGAUGAGGCACUGGCCGCCCAGGAUCCUGGCCUGGAGCCAGAGCUCAUGGCAGGGCCUGAGGAAGGGCCUUUCCAGUGUGGGGAGUGCAACCAGCUCAUCCUGUCCCCCGGUGAGCUCCUGGCCCACCAGGACGCCCACCUCCGGGAGUCUGCAAGCCAGAUCCAGUACCAGUGCGGGGACUGCCAGGAGCUCUUCCCCUCGCCUGAGCUGUGGGUGGCUCAUCGCAAGGCCCGGCACCUUUCUGCUGCAGCCACCGAGCCGCCAGGGCCGCCCCCGCCAGCGCCGCCCCCGCCACCCCCCGCUCCACCCGAAGUUAAGAUGGAACCCUACGAGUGUCCCGAGUGCUCUACCCUCUGUGCCACUCCCGAGGAGUUCUUGGAGCAUCAGGGCACCCACUUUGACUCUCUGGAGAAAGAAGAGCGCAACGGGCUAGAGGAGGAGGAGGAAGAGGAGGAGGAAGACACAGAGGAAGACACAGAGGAGGAAGAGGAGGUGGCGGCAGAGGUUGGUGAGGAUGCUGCGGGAGGCGACAGGUCCACAGCCGCCCGGGCCCAGGGCUGUGCGGAUUGUCCCCAACCCUGGACGGCCGCGGAGGCGCGCCGGCGACACCGGCGGGCCUCCCGCGGCCCGGCAUCGGCGGCCCACCCCUUCCACUGCAGCCAGUGCCAGCGCAGCUUCAGCUCGGCCAACCGGCUGCUGGCGCACGGGCGGGCCCACGUCGGGGGCACGCACGAGUGUACCACCUGCUCCAAGGUCUUCAAGAAAGCCGCCUCCCUGGAGCAGCACCUGCGGCUGCACCGCGGCGAGGCGCGCUACCUCUGCGUGGACUGCGGCCGCGGCUUCGGCACGGAGCUCACGUUGGUGGCUCACCGGCGGGCUCACACCGCCAACCCGCUGCAUCGCUGCCGCUGCGGCAAGACAUUCAGCAACAUGACCAAGUUUCUCUACCACCGGCGCACACACGCCGGCAAGAGCGGGGCGCCCCCCUCGGCGGCGGCGGCGGCCUCCCCGGUGCCCGCCGAGCCCGCGCCCCCACCACCGCCACCGCCGCCCGCCCCGCCCGCCCAGCUGCCCUGCCCACAGUGCUCCAAGUCCUUCGCCUCGGCCUCCCGGCUCUCGCGGCACCGGCGCGCCGUCCACGGGCCCCCCGAGCGGCGGCACCGCUGCGGCGUCUGCGGCAAGGGCUUCAAGAAGCUGGUCCACGUGCGCAACCACCUGCGGACGCACACGGGCGAGAGGCCCUUCCAGUGCCACUCAUGUGGCAAGACCUUCGCUUCCCUGGCCAACCUCAGCCGCCACCAGCUGACCCACACGGGCGUGCGGCCCUACCAGUGCCUGGACUGUGGCAAGCGCUUCACGCAGAGCUCCAACCUGCAGCAGCACCGGAGGCUGCACCUGCGGCCCGUGGCCUUCGCCCGCGCGCCCCGCCUGCCCAUCACCGGCCUGUACAACAAGAGCCCCUACUACUGCGGGACCUGCGGCCGCUGGUUCCACGCCCUGGCCGGCCUGCGGCUGCACCAGCGCGUCCACACCCGCGCCCGCCCCGGGCCCGGGCCCCUGGCGCCGCCACCGCGAUCCCCACCCCCCGCCCCGGCGCCGCCACCACCGCCGCCGCCCCCCGAGCCUCAGCAGACUAUCAUGUGCACCGAGCUCGGGGAAACGAUCGCCAUCAUCGAGACGUCCCAGCCGCUGGCGCUUGAGGACACGCUGCAGCUGUGCCAGGCGGCCCUGGGGGCCAGUGAGGCUGGCGGGCUCCUGCAGUUGGACGCGGCCUUCGUGUGA